CCCCCAAGGGAGCCUUCCUGGAGUCCUCUCAGCAGAGGCUGUGGCUAUGGGAGCUGGUGGCCCCCGGCGGGGUGUGGGCCCCCCCGAUGGCGGCUGGGGCUGGGUGGUGCUGGCUGCCUGCUUCGUGGUCACCGGCUUCGCCUACGGCUUCCCGAAGGCCGUCAGCGUCUUCUUCCGCUCGCUCAUGCGCGACUUUGGAGCAGGCUACAGCGACACGGCCUGGGUCUCCUCCAUCAUGCUGGCCAUGCUCUACGGCACGGGGCCCGUGUCCAGCGUCCUCGUGACGCGCUUUGGCUGUCGCCCGGUGAUGCUGGCGGGCGGGCUGCUGGCGGCGGCGGGCAUGAUCCUGGCCUCCUUCGCCAGGCGCCUGCUAGAGCUGUACCUGACGGCCGGAGUGCUCACAGGCCUGGGCCUGGCCCUCAACUUCCAGCCGUCGCUCAUCAUGCUGGGGCUGUACUUCGAGCGGCGGCGGCCUCUGGCCAACGGGCUGGCGGCAGCGGGCAGCCCUGUGUUCCUGUCCGCGCUGUCGCCGCUCGGCCAGGUGCUGCUCGAGCGCUUCGGCUGGCGCGGUGGCUUCCUGCUCUUCGGCGGCCUCCUGUUGCACUGCUGCGCGUGCGGAGCCGUCAUGCGGCCGCCGCCCACUGGCCUGGGCCGGCGGCAGCGCGCUGACCGCGCGGAGGACACCGCGGGGGACGCGCCCGGGGAUGCGGCGGCGGUGGGCGCGCGGCGGAACCUGCGCGCGGCGCCCCCUAGCGGCCGGGCCCGCCGGCGCCUGCUGGACGUGGCGGUGUGCACCGACCGUGCCUUCGUCGUGUACGUGAUCACCAAGUUCCUGAUGGCGCUUGGGCUUUUCGUACCCGCCAUCCUGCUGGUGAACUACGCCAAGGACGCGGGCGUGCCUGACACCGACGCCGCCUUCCUACUGUCCAUAGUGGGCUUUGUCGACAUCGUGGCGCGGCCGGCGUGCGGAGCCCUGGCGGGCCUGCCGCGCCUGCGACCGCACGUCCCCUACCUCUUCAGCCUGGCCCUACUGGCCAAUGGGCUCACGGACCUGGGCAGCGCGCGCGCGCGCUCCUACGGCGCCCUGGUCGCCUUCUGCGUGGCCUUUGGCCUCUCCUACGGCAUGGUGGGCGCCCUGCAGUUCGAGGUGCUCAUGGCGGCGGUGGGCGCACCCCGCUUCCCCAGUGCGCUGGGCCUGGUGCUGCUCGUGGAGGCCGUGGCCGUGCUCAUAGGACCGCCCUCUGCCGGCCGCCUGGUGGAUGCGCUGAAGAACUACGAGAUCAUCUUCUACCUGGCUGGUUCAGAGGUGGCCCUCUCUGGGGUCUUCAUGGCUGUUGCCACCUACUGUUGUCUCCGCCGCCAAUCUCGCUCUCCGGAGGCCACCGCUGGCACAGCCACUGAGGGUGCCACCAGUGACACUGAAGACACUGAGGCCGGGGGGGACUCUGAACCGCUGCCGGCCGGCACUGAGGAGCCAGGCAGCUUACAGGCCCUGGAGAUGCUGAGCCCCCGGGCUGGGUCUGUGGAGCCUGAGGUGGAGGCAGAACCAGGCCCAGGCCAGGAGUCUGUGUAGUGCAUGGCCGAGGUGUCCUGGGGGGCUCCAGAGCCCGGCUUCCUCUUCCCAGAGGCCUUGGCACACUGGGAAGCAGGGCCGGGCAGUCCUCCCCUGAGGCAAGCCUGAGCUGCUGUUAUUCCCCAGGCGUCCUGCGAACAUCCUUUGCAUU